UGUUCACUGCUACUAUGGUAUUGAUGGCAGCUCCCGGUUUGCUUGGACUGAGUGUCUGGAUUAUUAGCAGCUGUUCAUCUGAUUUGCGAGAAAAACAAAUCAACCUGCGACCAACCCCGUUGAAGUAAAAGGACCAGGAUACAGCAGCUGAAUAAAUAGAAUGCAAGAAGCGGAAUUGAAGAUUAAAACGGGUCAGAUUAAAACCGCACAAGGAAGACAAGGUCCGUCUGGUGCCAAGGCCGAGGAUUAAAGACCUAAUAUCAGGAAUCAGGAGGUGUUGAAAUCCCCCCGCUGGUAGUCUCUCACAGAUUUCCACAUCUUUAUUACCUGGGGAUGGGUCCACCAAUGAGGAGUCUGACAAUAUACUCCUUGUAUAGCACUACUAGUCCUAGCAUGCUGAAACGGAAGCAAAGUUCGCGGGUAGAAACCCAGCCCGUGACAGAUUUUGGUCCAGACGAAACUCUAGCUGACAACGCAGAUAUUCUGUGGAUAAAUAAAGCAUGGGUGCACUCUUUGCUUCGUGCGUGUGCAAUAAUCAGCGUCAUCUCUGUGUGCAUGAAUACCCCAAAGACAUUUGAGCAUUACCCACCCCUUCAAUAUGUGACCUUUGCCCUGGACACUCUGCUGAUGUUCCUCUUUUCUGCUGAGAUGAUAGCAAAAAUGCACAUCCGAGGCAUCAUUAAGGGGGAAACCUCCUACUUGAAGGACCGGUGGUGUGUAUUUGAUGGAUUCAUGGUGUUUUGUAUCUGGAUCUCUUUGAUCUUGAUGGUGUUUGAAAUUGCUGAUCUUGUGGACCAAAUGUCACCGUGGGGAAUGCUGCGAAUACCCAGAGCUCUUAUAAUGAUCCGUGCUUUUCGAAUUUACUUCAGAUUUGAACUCCCACGCUCAAGAAUUACUAACAUCUUAAAGCGAUCAGGUGAGCAGAUCUGGAGUGUGACCAUUUUCCUGCUCUUCUUCCUCCUCCUUUAUGGAAUUUUGGGCGUUCAGAUGUUUGGAACAUUUACUUACCAUUGUGUGACCAACGAUACACAGCCAGGGAAUGUGACCUGGAAUAAUUUAGCCAUUCCAGAUACCCAUUGCUCACCAGAUGGAGAAGGCUACCAGUGUCCAAUGGGAUUUAAGUGUGUGGAUCUUGAGGAUCUUGGACUUAGCAGACAAGAGCUGGGCUACAGUGGAUUCAAUGAAAUAGGAACAAGUAUAUUCACGGUAUAUGAAGCUGCUUCCCAAGAAGGCUGGGUGUUCCUCAUGUACAGGGCGAUUGACAGCUUCCCCCGCUGGCGUUCCUACUUCUAUUUCAUCACUCUAAUCUUCUUCCUCGCCUGGCUUGUUAAGAAUGUGUUCAUAGCAGUCAUAAUUGAAACUUUUGCUGAAAUCAGAGUGCAGUUCCAACAGAUGUGGGGGUCUAGAAGCAGCACAACAUCAACCGCUACCACACAGAUGUUCCAUGAAGAUGCUGCUGGAGGCUGGCAGCUAGUUGCUGUUGAUGUGAACAAGCCUCAUGGCAGAGCUCCAGCGUGCCUACAGCAGCUAAUGCGGUCCUCAGUCUUCCACAUGUUCAUCCUGACCAUGGUGGCAGUGGAUGUGAUAGUCGCUGCCAGCAAUUACUACAAGGGGGAGAAUUACCUGCGCCAUUAUGACGAAUUUUAUCUAGCAGAGGUCGCUUUCACUGUUCUGUUUGACUUGGAGGCACUUCUGAAGAUCUGGUGCUUGGGCUUCACUGGCUACAUAAGCUCUUCCCUUCACAAAUUUGAAUCCCUGUUGGUAGUUGGAACGACCCUGCACAUUUAUCCAGACUUGUAUCAUUCUCAGUUCACUUACUUCCAGGUCCUCAGAGUAGUUCGUCUGAUUAAGAUUUCCCCGGCACUGGAAGACUUUGUUUACAAAAUCUUCGGACCGGGGAAGAAACUUGGCAGUUUGGUUGUGUUCACUGCCAGUCUUCUUAUUGUGAUGUCAGCCAUCAGUUUGCAGAUGUUCUGUUUUGUGGAAGAACUGGACAGAUUCACUACCUUUCCCAGGGCCUUCAUGUCAAUGUUCCAGAUCCUCACCCAGGAAGGAUGGGUUGAUGUCAUGGACCAAACACUUGUUGCAGUUGGACAUAUGUGGGCACCAGUGGUUGCCAUUUACUUUAUAUUAUAUCAUCUUUUCGCCACCUUGAUUUUGCUAAGCUUGUUUGUUGCCGUGAUUCUCGAUAACCUGGAGCUUGAUGAAGACCUGAAAAAGCUUAAACAGCUGAAGCAAAGUGAAGCCAAUGCUGACACCAAAGAAAAACUGCCACUUCGGCUGCGCAUCUUUGAGAAGUUCCCUAACAGGCCACAGAUGGUGAAGAUUUCCAAACUCCCCUCAGAUUUUACAGUCCCUAGAAUCAGGGAAAGCUUUAUGAAGCAGUUCAUUGACCGCCAGCAGCAAGAUACCAGCUGUCUGUUACGAAGACUCCCUUCUGCCUCGUCCUCUUCCUGUGAUCAUUCUAAAAAGUCUGGCAUAGAAGAUAACAAAUAUAUCGACCAGAAGCUACGAAAGUCAGUUUCCAGUAUCCGUGCUCGCAAUCUUCUAGAAAAGGAAUGUGCUAUCAGUAAAAUUCUUCGGGCCUGCACUCGACAACGCAUGCUGAGUGGAUCGUUGGAGGGCCAGUCUGCUAAAGAACGGUCUAUUCUCAGUGUACAGCAUCAUAUCCGUCAGGAGCGCAGGUCUUUGAGACAUGGCUCGAACAGCCAGAGAAUCAGCAGAGGGAAAUCACUGGAAACUCUGACUCAGGAUCACACAAGCACAGUGAGGUAUCGAAAUGCUCAGCGCGAGGACAGUGACAUCAAGAUGAUCCAGGAGAAGAAGGAACAGGCUGAAAUGAAACGGAAAGUUCAGGAGGAAGAAUUGCGUGAAAAUCACCCUUAUUUUGAUAAACCUCUGUUUAUAGUUGGACGAGAACAUAGGUUUAGAAAAUUCUGCCGUGUGAUUGUGAGAGCUCGUUUUAAUGCCUCAAAGACUGACCCAAUUACAGGAGCCGUCAAAAACACCAAGUACCAUCAACUAUAUGAUCUCUUUGGCUUGGUUACAUACCUGGACUGGGUUAUGAUUGUGGUCACUAUCUGUUCUUGCAUCUCUAUGAUGCUUGAGUCCCCUUUCACAAGAGUGAUGCAUGUUCCUACACUGCAGAUUGCUGAAUAUGUGUUUGUCAUUUUCAUGAGCAUUGAGCUCAAUCUGAAGAUCAUGGGAGAUGGACUGUUCUUUACUCCAACAGCUGUCAUUAGAGACUUUGGUGGAGUCAUGGACAUAUUCAUCUAUUUAUUGAGUUUGAUAUUUCUUUGCUGGAUGCCACCGAACGUUCCCCCUAAAUCAGGAGCCCAGUUGUUGAUGAUGCUGCGCUGCCUCAGACCGCUUCGCAUCUUCAAACUGGUCCCUCAGAUGAGAAAGGUUGUCAGGGAACUCUUCAGCGGAUUCAAGGAAAUAUUCCUGGUCUCCAUCCUCCUGCUGACAUUAAUGCUUGUGUUUGCAAGUUUUGGCGUUCAACUUUUUGCUGGAAAACUUGCAAAGUGCAAUGAUCAUCAUGUUAUCAGACGGGAGGACUGCCACGGUAUAUUCAGAAUCAAUGUGAGUGUCUCAAAAAACCUAAAUUUAAAGUUACGUCCCGGAGAAAAGAAGCCUGGAUUUUGGGUCCCACGUGUCUGGGCAAACCCUCGGAAUUUUAAUUUCGAUAAUGUGGGGAAUGCAAUGCUGGCCCUGUUUGAAGUUCUUUCAUUGAAAGGCUGGGUGGAGGUCAGAGAUGUUAUUAUCCAUCGAGUGGGACCGAUCCACGGCAUCUACAUCCAUGUGUUUGUCUUUCUCGGCUGCAUGAUUGGACUGACACUUUUCGUUGGUGUUGUCAUUGCUAAUUUCAACGAAAACAAGGGUACGGCCUUGCUUACUGUUGAUCAGAGAAGAUGGGAGGACCUGAAGAGUAGGUUGAAGAUCGCCCAGCCUCUACAUCUUCCUCCUCGUCCAGAUAAUGGUGGGUUUCGAGCAAAGAUGUAUGACAUCACACAGCAUCCAUUUUUCAAGAGGACUAUAGCAGUAUUGGUCCUUGCCCAGUCUGUUCUCCUGUCAGUAAAGUGGGAUGUGGACGACCCAGUGACUGUUCCAUUGGCAACAAUGUCAGUGGUGUUUACCUUCAUUUUUGUUCUGGAGGUGACUAUGAAGUCAAUUGCAAUGUCACCUGCUGGUUUCUGGCAGAGCAGAAGAAACCGUUAUGACCUGUUGGUGACUUCCCUUGGAGUGAUUUGGGUUGUACUACACUUCGCUUUGCUGAAUGAAUACACCUACAUGAUGGGAGCGUGCGUUAUAGUGUUCAGGUUCUUUUCCAUCUGCGGCAAGCACGAGUACAGCCAUCCAAUAUUACAGGUCACACUUAAAAUGUUACUGCUGACAGUGGUAGUCAGCAUGUAUAAGAGUUUCUUCAUCAUCGUUGGAAUGUUCCUGUUGCUUCUCUGCUACGCCUUUGCGGGAGUGGUGUUGUUUGGCACGGUGAAAUACGGAGAGAAUAUUAACAGACAUGCAAAUUUCUCCACCGCUGGCAAAGCCAUUACUGUUCUCUUCCGAAUAGUCACAGGUGAAGACUGGAAUAAGAUUAUGCAUGACUGCAUGGUCCAGCCACCUUUCUGCACCCCUGAUGACCAUCGAUACUGGGAAACGGAUUGUGGAAACUAUGCAGGGGCUCUUAUGUACUUCUGUUCCUUUUAUGUCAUUAUUGCAUACAUAAUGCUGAGUUUGCUCGUGGCUAUCAUUGUGGAGAAUUUCUCCCUGUUUUACUCGACCGAAGAAGACCAGCUUCUGAGCUACAACGACCUGCGCCAUUUUCAGAUUAUCUGGAACAUGGUUGAUGACAAACGAGAGGGGGUGAUUCCUACAUCGCGAGUGAAGUUUCUGCUCAGGCUGCUUCGAGGUAGACUGGAAGUGGACCUGGAUAAGGAUAAACUGUUAUUUAAGCAUAUGUGCUAUGAGAUGGAGAGGCUACAUAAUGGGGGAGAUGUCACUUUCCAUGAUAUACUGAGCAUGCUGUCAUACAGAUCAGUUGACAUCAGGAAAAGCCUUCAGUUGGAAGAACUCCUAGCAAGGGAGCAGCUGGAAUACACUAUAGAAGAGGAGGUAGCAAAACAGACCAUACGCAUGUGGCUGAAAAAGUGCUUGAAGCGUAUCAGAGCGAAGCAACAGCAGUCAUGCAGUAUCAUCCACAGUCUUCGAGAAAGCCAGCAGCAGGAGCUUAGUCGAUUCCUCAACCCUCCCAGCAUUGAAACAACAAAACCCAGUGAGGACAUCAAUGCAAAUAGCAAUGACAACCCUUCGCAGCCGGAGACAAGCAAUCCACAGCAGUUGCUCAGUCCAACGCUUUCAGACAGCGGUGGGCAUCGUCAGGACUCGGCUGAAAUGGAAAAACCUCAGAGGAAGUUCGGUCAGUGGCGUUUGCCGGCAGCACCUAAACCUAUAAGUCAUUCUGUUUCCUCUGUCAACUUGCGGUUUGGAGGUCGGACUAGCAUAAAGUCCACUGUGUGCAACGUGAACCCCGUGUCCGACGAGGCGUCAUCCGGCUCUGAGGUGAAGAAAUGGUGGACACGUCAGCUGACAGUGGAAAGUGACGAGAGCGGAGACGAUCUAAUUGACAUUUAACUGCAUACCUUGAAGGACAUGUGUACAAUGAUUCAGUACAAGGACAUAGUGACAUCUGAUUUAUUUUUUUUCUGCCAUUCUGUCAUUUCUUUGGCUAUGGUUCUUAAUACUGUAUUAUAAAAGUACAUUUUCAAAGCCAUCUUUUCAUCAAGAAUAUAGAAAAUGUAUAUGUUCUUUGUUUUCAUAUGCAGGAGUCUUGUACUGUAUUUGUGUACUCUAGUAUUUCUUAAAGACCUAGCCUGUAUGCACUGAAGUUAUAUUGUAACAUUAGUCUACUUUAGAUAGUUUUAUGUUAUUCUGGUUCAUGUUUUUGUUUUAGUAUAGCUUUAUAGUCACACUCCAGGCUCCUGUCUCCUGUCAGAUAAAGACUUGCAGUACUGUGUUAUCUAAAGCAAGUUUCUUCACCUCCCAGCUGUAAUACUGGAUAUAUGUUGGGCCCUCGCUGUGAAUCAGAAAAGGCCAUCCUUAAUUUCAUUAUGAGAACAUUAAAAAAAAAAAAAUUCAAAACCGGUCUGAAAGGGUAUAUAAUUAUGCUAAUCAAAGGUGUGAGCCAUGUAUGUCAAAGCCAUUUAUAGUUUUUGUUGUUGUUUUGCUCCUCGUAAACUGCCAAACUGUGCUGAUAAAAAAAAGUAAGUAAUUACAAAAUAUUUUCUGUCGUUAUUUUACAUCUGUUACUUUAUAAUUUGAUUCUGUAAUAGUUGUGUUCAUUUAUUGAUGACUGAAAUCUAUCUAUCUAUCUAUGUAUGUAUGUAUGUGUGUGUGUGUGUGUGUGUGUGUGUGUGUGUGUAUAUAUAUAUAUAUAUAACACCGUUAUCUCAAUGUGUUUUUUUUAUAUAUAUAAACAACUGAACUAUAAAGGCCAAACCUUCAAAAAUGUAUUAGAAUGGUCUUUAAAUUUAAACAUAUAUAAGUAAUAUUAUAUCACCAGCACUAGAUAUGGCAUUAACUAAGUUUAAACCAGAUAUCAGCAACAGAAAUGACUGUAGAGAAUAUCAAAUAAAAGAAUGAUAAAGCUUUGGCAAUGCUAUUGAUAUAUACAGCACCUUAUUUUACGGCUUCUUGUACCACAGUCUCUUAUUACUGUACCUCUAAUACAUCUCAUUGUUAAUCCAGGCAUACUAUUUACACUAAUGUUAGUUAUAAAAUGUGUGGAGUUCUGUGUUUUCUUUUUCUGUUACAGCGUUGGUUUUAUUUGGUUGAUGUUUGAUACAGAACAUCAUGUUUGUACUGACACAGUCUGUAUUCUAAUACUGUAUAAUAAAUAAAUAUCUACAGUAUGAUUGAAAAA